AUGGAUGAUGCUUCUUCAAAUCCUCCCAUGGUCAAAUUAGAGAGUCAAUCCACAAAACCCACAGAAUAUAACAAAGCAAAAAGGGAAUUUGAGAAAAAGUUGUGGAAGCUUGUCACAAUAACUGGGGAUUAUUCAAGAGGAAAUUAUGGCAGUUCUGGAAGUAGGCAAUGGAAGUGCCUACAUUGCAAGACAAACAAGUCUAGUUCAAUCCAACGAGUUCGGUAUCAUAUGUUGGGAGUUGGUAAGAAAGAACAAAUAUUCAUUUGUAAACAUAUUCCAAAAGGACAACGAUCUGACUUGAUUAGAGAGUUUAAUUUUGUAGAGUCUUUAAAACCUACUGAGGAACAAUUAAAAGAUUCUCACCCAGGGAUGCCACCAUUUUCAUCUUCUUCUACCUCUGUUCAUGAAUCUCAAAUUGGAAGAAUGUUUGAUGCUACUGACAGAAAGAAUGUAGAUGCUGCUAUUGGGAGACUUUUCUUCGGUUGUGGAAUGCCAUUCAACAUAGCUAGGUCUCCUUUAUGGAAAGAGGCUAUGAGGAUGGUUAAUAAUGCGCCUAAAGGGUAUGUGCCUCCAAGCUAUGAAAAACUUCGCACUAUUGUUUUAGAUGAUGAGAAGAAACACAUUGAAGAAAGGCUAACAGAUGUUAGAGAUAGUUGGUCAUAUACAGGUGUUUCUAUAGUUUCAGAUGGUUGGACUGACAUUGCACGUAGACCAUUAAUUAAUAUUCUUGUUUGUUCACCUAAGGGUAUAAUGUUUAUGAAAUCGCAUGAUACUUCAGGUCAUGUGAAAGAUGCAACAUAUAUUGCAGGUCUUUUCCGUGAAGCAAUUGAGCAGGUAGGGAGAAACAAUGUUGUUCAAAUUAUCACUGAUAAUGCUGCAAACAAUGCCUUGGCAGGAGAUAGGAUCAAAAAUGAAUUUCCAAACAUUUUUUGGACCCCAUGUGUUGUUCAUUGCAUGAACUUGCUUCUUAAAGAUCUGCAUAAUAGCCUUCCUUGGAUUAGUGAGGUAGUUUCAAAUGUUAAAAAAAUACAACAUUUUAUUGUAAAUCAUUCUAUGUCACAUGCUAUAUAUAGAAAACAUGCUUCUUUGCAGCUACUUAGAUGUGCAGAAACACGAUUUGCUUCCAAUUUUAUCAUGGUUGAUAGAAUUGUGAAGGUAAAACAAGCAUUAAGGCAAAUGGUGGUGUCCACUGAAUGGGAGAGAUGGAGAGAUAGACCAAGUACCAACAGUCAAGCAUGCGAUGAAAUUUUUGAUCUCAUAAUUGGUAGUGGGUCAAUUUUAUUUUGGCAACGAGCAGGUGAUCUUCUUAUACUUUGUUGGCCUCUUAUUGAAGUUCUUCGUCUAUUUGAUAAUGAUAAACCAUGCAUGGGAGAUGUGUUUGAGAAGCUAGAUCAAAUGAGAGAGAAGCUAAAAAAUAUAUUUAUUGUUGGGGCACCAUCAUUUGAUCAAGAGACACAUGAUAUUGUUUGGAAUUGUAGUUUAGAUAGAUGGAGGAUGCUUCAUAGGCCUCUUCAUUCAGUUGGAUUUUUACUUAAUCCAAAAUGGUUUCACAAAAAACCAUGGUUGGAUGAUGAAGUUUUGACAGGAUGGAAAGCCUAUCUAGGUAGAGUUUAUCCAAAUAGAGAGGACCGCACUAAAAUCAAGGAUCAACUGUCAAAAUAUAUUGACGGAGUUGAUAAUUUUUCCCAUAAAGAUGUUCCAUUUGAUCGAUUGAAUAUGGAACCCAAAGCCUUUUGGGAGAAUUAUGGAACAAAAACACCAAAACUCAGAAAUACUACAAUUCGUGCGUUAUCUCAGGUCUCUAGUUCUUCUACAUGUGAAAGAAAUUGGAGUGAGUAUUCCUUCAUCCAUUCUGUGAAGCGUAACAGGCUAGGUAGCAAAAUGGCAGAGGAUCUUGUGUAUAUACAUUCAAAUCUUCGUCUUUUGUCUCGUGCUUCUCCUGAUUAUAAGUCAGGGCCUCAUAGGAUGUGGGACUAUGGUGGCUCGAUGGAUGAUGGAAAUGAUGAAUUGCCAAUAGAAGUACUUGAAGAUAAUGUAGAGGAGAGUUUACUUGCAGCUGGAAUGGAGAUAGGUGAAGCAAGCAGAAGCAUUCCUUGA